AUGGCGUAUUUCCAGAACGAUGACCUCGAGUACGUCGUCAACGACUACAAUGGUGACGUCGUUGAGUUUAAGGAAGACAACGACGCUCUUACUGAUAACCAUCCCUGCCGAAGCCUCGAGGUCGUAGACGACGACGACUUUGAAGACGACCUUGAUUCGGAGUGCUUGCAAGUGGAGAAGGGGAAGAGUUCUUAUGACUUCCACUACAACACAAGGCUUGUCAGGUCCACAAUUGUGCAUUUUCAGUUGAUUGCUCCUGAAAUUCUAGUUUUAGAUGCAUGUCACAUAAAUAUGCUUUUGUGCACUGACAUAGGCAUAGAAUGUUUGAACUGUGAUGGCCACAUAAUGGCAUCAAGCUGGGGUGUAUCCACUGCAUCUAUCUGGAUUACUAUUGCUCUCUUUAUUUCAGCUUUUAAGCAGGGUGGAGUUAGAGCUGCUGGCGCGACUUUGGUUAUAUGGGAUGAUAGGAGAAUAUCUGAGCAUUUAAGAGACCUCUGUAGCAAAAACGACCUGGGUUGUUGGCACGACCACUCUCUAGUGCAAAUAAGCACUAUGGCUGUCAAGAAAAAUUUGUUGGUUGCUGGGGGCUUCCAAGGUGAACUAAUCUGCAAGCACAUGAAACAACCUGGAGUUGCUUUCUGCUCAAAACUAACAACAGAUGAGAAUGCCAUCACUAAUGCAGUGGAUAUUUUCCGAAACCCAACAACACCUCUGUUAGUCCCGAUGGUAAGCUACUCGCUUGGUGAUAGUGCAGACUGUUUUAUUGCUGAUGCUCAGUCUGGAAAAACAAUGUGCAGAUUUCUGAUAUAUUUCCUACUUUAUGUAGGCUGUCGGUGGCCUCAAAGGGCACUCACACUAUUGCUUUUCCUCAGCUUGGCACCCGGAUGGAUGAAUCUUGGCUACUGGGAACCGAGACGCUACUUGCAGGCUAUGGGACAUAAGGAACCUGUCAGAGUCCCUAGCUGUGUUGAAGGGAAGAAUGGGAGCAAUAAGAGCUAUAAAUUAACCUCUGGUGGUCGUUUUAUGGCCAUGGCUGAGCCAGCAGACUUUGUUCACAUCAUUGAUACCCAGUCCGGAUAUGCAAAGGGACGAGAUUGA